GCCUCAAAGCAGUACGUGCAUAUGCCCAGUGACUACAAAACCAAUUGGCCUGGAGCAAUGGCAGACUUCAAACCGCGCAAUAUCCUCAUAAUCGGCGCAACAGGGAACAUUGGCCGAUUCAUCACUCAAUCAAUCGUCUCUGCAAGAUCCGAGUUUGAUCGCAUCGCUAUUUUAACUAGUGCUCCGGCAGCAGGCAGUGACAAGGAAAAGUUCAUUGAAGAACUCAAAUCGAAGAACGUUGAAAUCAUUAUUGGUGAUAUCAACAACGAGACGAAUGUUGUGAAUGCUUACAAGGGAAUCGACACAGUAAUCUUCGCCCUAGGCCGAGGCGCCCUCCUACCUCAAAUCCAACUCAUCAAACUCGCCGCCUCCCCUGGCUCAUCUGUUAAAUGGAUUUUCCCUUCUGAAUACGGCACAGAUAUUAAAUACGGCCCUUCAUCAGCUAGCGAGCCUACUCAUCAGGCGAAACUCAAGAUUAGAGCUUAUAUUGAAGAAGAUGAUGGAAUCAAGAAAAGUGGCCUUAAGUACACCUACGUCGUAACGGGUCCGUAUCCGGAGAUGUAUUUCAAGGGACCAGCAGGAUAUCCGCAGGCUGGCAGUUGGGAUGUCAAAUCCAAGACAGCCUAUUUACUGGAGAAGGAUAAUAAGAUUAGUUUUACGACUAUGAAGGACACUGGCGACCUCGUCCUCGCCGCCCUCCGCCAUCCAUCCGCAUCCUUCAACAAAGCUCUCAAAGUCAAUUCCUACACUGUCACGCCAGCCGAAAUCCAAGCCGAAUUUGAGCGACAAACUGGCGGUGGAUGGACCGUUCACGAGACGUCCAUUGACGGAGUGAAGGAAUUCGAAAAGACUGCUUGGGAAACUGGUCGUCCUGAUGCGGCUAUUUAUACCUUGCGUCGAAUUUGGGCUGAAGGUGGGACUUUGUAUGAGAAGAGGGAUAAUGAUGUUAUUGGGAAUCCGGAGUUGUUGACUUUGAAGGAUACUGUGGCUUGGUAUAUUAAGACUUCUACUUAG